AUGUUGGACUCGGUGACACACAGUACCUUCCUGCCCAACACGUCCUUCUGCGACCCUCUGAUGUCGUGGACUGAUCUGUUCAGCAAUGAAGAGUACUACCCUGCCUUUGAGCAUCAGACAGCCUGCGACUCCUACUGGACGUCCGUCCACCCCGAGUACUGGACCAAGCGCCAUGUCUGGGAAUGGCUCCAGUUCUGCUGCGACCAGUACAAGCUGGACGCCAACUGCAUCUCCUUCUGCCACUUCAACAUCAGUGGCCCGCAGCUGUGCAGCAUGACACAGGACGAAUUCAUCGAGGCGGCCGGCAUCUGCGGGGAGUACCUCUACUUCAUCCUCCAGAACAUCCGCUCGCAAGGUUACUCCUUCUUUACUGACACUGAAGAGACCAAGGCUGCCAUCAAAGACUAUGCUGAUUCCAACUGCUUGAAAACAAGCGGCAUCAAAAGUCAAGACUGUCACAGCCAUAGUCGAACAAGCCUCCAAAGUUCUCAUCUAUGGGAAUUUGUGCGAGACCUGCUUCUCUCUCCUGAAGAAAACUGCGGUAUUCUGGAAUGGGAAGAUAGGGAACAAGGUAUUUUUCGGGUAGUAAAGUCAGAAGCCCUGGCAAAGAUGUGGGGACAAAGGAAGAAAAAUGACAGAAUGACGUAUGAAAAGUUGAGCCGAGCUCUGAGGUACUACUACAAAACAGGAAUUUUGGAACGGGUCGACCGAAGGCUAGUGUACAAGUUUGGAAAAAAUGCACACGGGUGGCAGGAAGACAAGCUAUGAUCUGCUCCAUCAUCAAGUUCCUUCUACGGAUUUCUUGUCUUCUCAAAUAAUCACAUCGCAAUAGACAUUUGAAAGUCUCGUUGUUGUUGUUGUUGUGUCGCCGUGUUAACCUGCAAAUGUGCUAACAUUUCUCCACUUCUCAGCUUCCAUUCGGAUUCAGAGUUGUUGUUGUCUGCUCCCACGGUGAAGCAACCCUUUAAGGAAUUCUGUGUUUUCUUAUCCAAGGGAAGGAAGGAAUGGUCUUUUGUGGUUCCCUGACAAACAUUCCUCCCCUAAUCGAGAGUUACAGAAACACGAUAGCCCGUGCUAUUGGUGCUACUCUGAGAAAAAGGACCCACUUCUGCCAUUUGAGAUUCAACCAGGGGCUCCCCUUCCAAAGGCUCAAAAGUUUUCUCAUAUUUAACUGUGGCAGCUCGCAAAGGAAAAACAGGAAAAGUGACUCUUUGGUAGUUAUUUUGGUAGGAGGGGGUGAGAUGUGGGUAAGACAGACCUACUGUAGAUUUUAAAUCAUUAAAGCCAAAUGCCAUAGAAAAGUUGCUUAAUUAAUAAAAGAAAAGGGGACAUGCUUUGUUGAUUUUGUUUUUGUUUUUGU